UUAGUUACGUUUCUGAACGCAACUUUUAGCUGUCAUUUUUUGACAAGUGUCAAUUGAAAAUCAUAACCUUAUCAUAUCUGUGUUAUCGAAUCAAAUAGUUUUGUUGUUGUUUUAGUGAAUUAGUAUACAUAUUUUACAAAAUAAACAUGACAAAUGGUGCGAGUUCGUCCGAAAGUUUCGACAAGAGCCGUAUGUUAGUAGUAAGGAAGCUUUUGAGUUGCAACUUGAAUCGAACACAGAAAUUCCUAGUUAUGAGAAAUUAAUUUCGUUUAUUGAAAAGCGGAGCCAAGCAUUAGAGAACAGUGUUGGUAAGUCGUUAACAUUAACUAGUAAACCAGUGUAUAGUAAGCCAGUGUCGAAUAAGGCUAAGCCUGCUCUCCUUGUGCCGCCAGUGAGCAACUGUGCCAUGUGUUCCGCACCGGGACACAAAUUGGACAAUUGUACUAAAUUUUUGGAACUGCAGCCAUUGGAAAGGUUUGCUCAGGUUAAGGAGAGGAGACUUUGCAUACUUUGUUGUAGGCCAUCCCACUCGGUUAAAAAUUGUAAAUCAUCGGUGACUUGUGGCAUCUGUAAGCACAGACACCAUACAUUAUUGCAUUUCAAUAAGGAUAAGGAGUUGGAACCAACAGCUCAGCCGACCCAAGUGGCAUUGGCUGUGCAUAAUGCAAAUGCACCAAGUUUGUUCUCGACAGCUAUCGUGCUGAUAAAAAAUAAAUUUAAUAAUUUUGUGCCAAUCCGAAUGCUGAUGGAUAAUGCUUCUGCUUGUAACUUUGUAUCAUUGAAGUGCGCUCAAAAACUGGGAAUACCAAUUAGAAAUAACUCACCAACGGUGAACGGUGUUGGUCUUUCGUCGACUGACACUUUUGGAAUUGUCGAUUGUGAGAUAGUUCCAUCGAAUGGGGACUCCUCAUGCAAAUUUUCGUUUGAAGCGUUCGUGCUUCCCAAGAUCUGUCAUGAUAUGCCACCAGAACCACUGAAUGUCUCUUCUUGGAGGCAUCUGAAGGAUUUAGAUCUCGCUGAUCCGUCUUUUCACAAAUCUGGACCUAUAGACAUGUUGGUUAACGUCAACCUUUUCGCUGCUGCACUACAAUCUGGCGUUGUCAAGGGCAACGCAGAUGAGCCCAUAGCUGUCCGCACUGUUUUCGGCUGGUUGGUGAUGGGUGAGUGCCCUAUAAACGUUAACACUUCUCGUUCUCGUUGUCAUAAAGGUUCAGAAGGUGAUACUCAGAGGUGCUAUCUCGUGUCGAGUCUAUCGUUAGACAAUAAUAUCAAGCGCUUCUGGGAACUGGAAAGUGUAGAUCCUCCCAAAAAUAUCGUUUUGUCGAAAUCAGAAAUGUCGUGUGAAAACCAAAUGGAAACUUCAUAUUGUCGCACUCCUGAGGGUAGGAUGGUAGUACCAUUAACUUAUGUCGAUCCUCAGGAUAAACCCAGGUUUUCAAAUUGUCGUGAGAUAGCUCUCAAGCGUCUCUUAAAUUUAGAGAGGAAAUUCAAAUUGAAUCCUCAGUUUCGGACAGCUUAUGUCAAUUUCAUGGAUGACUACCUUAGUUGCGGUCACAUGGUGGAAGUUGAUCCUCCCUUGUCGUCUGAAGGUCAGUUUUAUUACAUCCCCCACCACGGAAUUUUGCGCCCUGACUCCUCCACUACUCCUCUUCGUUGUGCUUUUGACGCCAGCGCCCAAGAUUCUUCAGGGAAGUCCUUGAAUGAUACACUGCUCGCCGGCCCUAAAUUGCAAAAUAACAUAUUUGACUUGUUGGCUCGUUUUCGAUGGCAUGCAGUAGUGUUCACCGGUGACAUCAAACAAAUGUACCGGCAGUUCCUUGUCGAUUUGCAGGACUGCGACUAUCAGCGCAUUUUGUGGCGUCCGUCACCUGAUGACCCUGUGAAAGAUUAUCGUUUGCUCACAGUGACCUAUGGUGUGUCCUGUGCUCCAUAUCAGGCGCUCUGGUGCAUAUCGAAAUUAGCAAAGGAGUUUUCGUCUCGUGCUCCUCAAGGUGCUGCAGUGUUGGCUAGGGAUGCGUAUGUCGACAACGUCGUUUCAGGUGCAGACUCAGUCGAGGAUGCGUUAGUGUUACGACAACAGUUGGUGCAAAUAUUAUCGUCUGCUCAGCUUCAUCUGCGCAAAUGGACCUCUAAUAGCCCUGAAUUCUUAGGCAGCUUGCCUGGUUCAGAGCUGUAUUCAGAUCAACUUCACAAUUUCGAAAACGUCCAUGAUUUAUCGUUAAAAAUUCUCGGUUUGUCGUGGCUUCCUAAGGAAGAUACUUUCACAUUCAAGACCUCCUUGAAUGAUUGUCGUUGUACGAAGCGAUCGAUCCUCUCGGACAUCGCUCGUAUCUUUGAUCCUCUAGGUCUAUUGUCGCCUGUCAUUGAGGCGAUGCUGAACUCACGGCCUUUGUCCCCUGUCAGCUCAGACCCAAACGACCUGUCAGUGUUGACCCCCGGACAUUUCCUUACUUUGGAGCCGCUCACCAUAUUGCCUGAAAGCAACAUGGUCGAUGCGAAAUUAGGUCCACUUCAGAGAUGGAAAUUGUUACAAAAGAUCCAUCAGGAUUUCUGGCAGGCUGAACAAUUAAUUAAAAGGAAGUUCGCAGAAGUAUUUUCACCUGGCUGGGGAAACUUUGAAGGCGAGGAAAUAACUUUAAAACUGAAACCAGACACACUCGGAGGCGGCAAGCGAUGGGCAAGGCCAGUCCAGGCGAACGGGCUGAUGCUCGCGGCGCACCGCUACCGCUACCCCUCCACCACGCGCCAUGCCGCUCGAGUCCACAGAUCUGUCGCAGCGAUACACGAUGUACCUAUUAUCAAACAGUUCCCCGUCAUAAAAGUUAGAAUUUAA